AUGGAACUAGUCAGUAUCGACCUCAUGCCGUUGAAUGGACCGGCCGCAGUUCGCUGCAAGUACGCCACUGCACUGCAGCUUUAUUCUUGGCAGAGGAUCCUGGCAACGGGGCUUCUCGGCAUGCCAAAUGACAAAUCUAUGUUAUUAGGCAACCUAUAUCAUUCGUCGUCGGUUGCAUUCCCCUGCUUUCUAAAUUAUGCCUAUGAUAUGCGCAUGCGCGGAAAGAUUCCCAACAGAUGGUGUGACCUUGUUCCCACGUUAAUUGUAUUUGUCUAG